GCGGCGGAAGUACAGACGGAUUGUAGUUCCUUUGAGAGGAACAAAGAGGAGAGCUGAGGGGCGAGUGGAGCGUGAGAUUCUAUGUCAGCAGUCUGAAAAAUAACCUGCAAAAAUGUCGAAAAGACCGUCCUACGCUCCGCCCCCUGCUCCGGCUCCAACAACACAAAUGCCCAGCACACCAGGGUUUGUGGGAUACAAUCCAUACAGCCAUCUUGCCUACAACAACUACAGGCUGGGAGGGAACCCAGGGAGCAACAGCAGGGCCACGGCUUCAUCUGGAAUCACAAUCCCAAAGCCCCCUAAACCCCCGGAUAAGCCUUUGAUGCCAUACAUGAGAUACAGCAGGAAGGUCUGGGACCAAGUGAAGGCUUCCAACCCUGACCUUAAGUUGUGGGAGAUUGGCAAGAUCAUUGGUGGGAUGUGGCGUGACCUAACCGAUGAGGAGAAGCAAGAGUACUUGAACGAAUAUGAAGCUGAAAAGAUUGAAUACAAUGAAUCGAUGAAGACUUACCACAACUCGCCUGCUUAUCUUGCCUACAUCAAUGCUAAAAGCAGAGCGGAAGCUGCUCUAGAGGAAGAAAGUCGUCAGCGGCAGUCCCGCAUGGAGAAGGGAGAACCUUACAUGAGCAUCCAGCCUGCGGAUGAUCCUGAUGACUAUGACGACGGGUUUUCCAUGAAGCACACGGCAGCCGCUCGUUUCCAAAGGAAUCAUCGUCUCAUCAGUGAGAUCCUCAGUGAAAGUGUAGUGCCCGAUGUCCGUUCAGUGGUCACGACAGCCCGAAUGCAGGUUCUCAAAAGACAAGUCCAGUCACUCAUGGUGCAUCAGCGUAAAUUGGAGGCUGAGCUCCUGCAGAUAGAAGACCGUCACCAAGAUAAGAAAAGGAAGUUUUUGGAAAGCACAGAAUCGUUCAACAACGAGCUUAAACGGUUGUGCAGUUUGAAGGUGGAAGUGGACAUGGACAAGAUUGCAGCAGAGAUUGCGCAGGCAGAAGAGCAGGCGCGCAAACGUCAGGAGGAGAGGGAGAAAGAGGCUGCUGAGCAAGCAGAACGUAACCAGCUUGCAGCAGCCUCCGCAGCUCCUGAGGAGGAACCGGAAGCUGCAAAGGUGGAAGAAAAGAAUGAAGAGGAAGAAACCCCAAUGGAGACAGAAGACACUCCUUCCCUUCCCCCUCCAGAGGAACCCAACGACAGCCAGCAAAAUGGUGAGGAGGGAACAUCUACGCCAGAAGAUAAGGAAAGCGGUCAGGAUGCUGUGGAUAGCACCCUGGAUGAAGGAACAAGUGACAGCAACACAGGCUCAGAGAGCAACAGUGGAACUGUUGAGGAACCCCCAGCAGAUGCAGUGGCAGAGGAAGGAGAAAGGAAAGACUGAACGCCUGGUUUAAUUAAAUAUGUUUUAUCUAUGUGUAGUAGGUGGCACCCAGCAGAUGGUUCGGCAUGUCUUAUACUACAUUUCAGCGUGAACGUCAUUGUGCAUUUUAUGUUUUGUAGGUUCUCCAGUCAUUGGGUUUACCACCCUACAACUCUAAAUGUGCAUGGGUUCCACAUUCCCUCUUUUAUCACUCUUGUCUUGGGCUCCUUUUUGUUGAAGUUGUUGACCUAUACAAUCGGCUUCAUUGUUUUAAGCUGAAACCAGUCCAAAUGGAACACUGACUGUCCUUGUUAACCUCAACUGAUGCCUAAACCCAGCACUAUUGGAGGUUUCUUAAAUGCGUACUUCUCAAAAUCAAUUGUAAUGGCAAGAGAACUGUUUUGUCUUUUUUAUAUUUUUUUUAAAGUGCAGUUGAAAUAAACAGAGCCUGUCAAACCAUA